GAUUCAACCAAUAAUGUUUGUAGCUGGGUGGAAACCUAGGGAAGAACAAUGUUCACAAGGUUGAGAUACAUUAUCUGAAUUCAGUUUAUUUCGUGCGGGCUCUGUUGGAAGUUGAAAAGCCCAACAACCAGGAGAAAGGUGUGACUGCUUCAAGUUCGUUGCUAAGAAUCUUUACUGCAGAAAGUGGAAUACGAUUCUCACCAGCUUUAGUCGAAUAUUCUUGCGAGAUACUGAGCAACGGAUCUUAUCUUGCGUGUUAAACAAUUUUGGAUUUAGCUUUGUCUACACAAUCAUACUUCACAUUCUCAAGAGCGGAAUUCCUAUUGUGCAGUUGCAUAACCGGGAUCAGUUACAGCAAUGAUCUCACAAAAACAUGUUUAAAACCCCCAACUUUUUUUGGCAAAGCAGAUUAACCCAGAAGAGAUUGGUUUAACCGGGAGUGAAACAAAACCAGUGUUAAAUGAGCAGUCCAAUGUUCACUUUCUACAACAAACCAAUGUUCGUUUUAAAGAUAAAGAAGCCAUUUCACACCGUUGUGUAACAAGAUGCAACUUCAAUGUAAACCUCGCCCAGGGACAAAAUCCUUUCAGUGAACCAAACGGGAACAGUCCUCACCAUGGCAGAAUCAAACUUUACGUGUACUCCUGACGACUCCUUCAAGUAUACAUUGUACAGCAGUGUGUACAGUAUGGUGUUUAUAAUCGGCCUCGUGUCAAAUUGUGUGGCUCUGUACGUUUUGAGGUGUUCCUUACAACUCCGAAACGAAACAAUAACCUACAUGACCAAUCUGGCAGUAUCAGACUUGCUGUUUGUCUUCACGCUACCCUUUCGGAUUUUUUAUUAUGUGACCAGAGACUGGCCCUUUGGGGACUUGCUGUGCAAGGUUUCAGGAACGCUGUUUCUCACCAACAUGUAUGGGAGCAUCCUUUUCCUGACCUGCAUCAGCGUGGAUCGGUUCCUGGCGAUCGUUCACCCUUUUCGGUCAAGGAUGCUGAGGACGAGAAAAAACGCCAUCAUUGUGUGUGUGGUCGUGUGGCUGACAGUGCUCACCGGAAGUAUACCAGCAACCUUUUUACGAACCACCAACGACAGAGCCAAUCAAACCAAAACCUGCUUCGAAAACUUCUCCAGCCACACUUGGAAAAACUUUCUGUCGAAAAUUGUCAUUUUCAUUGAGAUCGUGGGUUUCUUUAUUCCUCUGCUGCUGAACUUCUUCUGUUUCUCAAUGGUGCUAAAGACGUUAAAACAACCUAUUACUCUUUCCCGAAGCAAGUUAAACAAGAAAAAAAUUCUCCGCAUGAUUGUGGUCCAUUUCCUCAUUUUCAUCACCUGCUUCGUACCCUACAAUAUAACUCUGGUGAUGUAUUCGCUGGUAAGGACAGGAACAGUAGGAAACUGCUCUGUAGUGACGGUGGUUAAAACAAUGUACCCUAUCACGCUGUGCUUUGCCGUAUCCAACUGUUGUUUUGACCCGAUUGUUUAUUAUUUCACUUCAGAAACCUUUAAGAAUUCCAUCAAGAGGAAGUCCAAGUCACUAAGGCUUGACUCGGACUUUUCUGAGGCUUUGCACACUGCCACCUUCCUCACCAGUACCGUAAGAACACUGAAAUCCAAAAUGCUCAAUUCAGAGUCGACUGUUUAAGAUCUCUGUGGCAGGUUUUUGUCAAAUGAACUCUGAACCAAAUUAUAAAUGUAGUUUAUAAUAAUGAAAAUGCAGCAUUAAUUCUCGCCAGUGGGCUGCAGAUAACGGUUCUAUCUCCUUGCUUCCAAAUGGGAGUACAGUACUCUUCCAAGAUUGAAAACCAACGUCCUCUUUACACCAGGGAUAACGCGCAUCACUCGUGCGGGAGGGGACAGUUCCUUUUCGUUCAUAAUCACCACUCACUUAAAUGUAUUCUUUAAUUUUUAUACUUCACUCAAAUAAUACAAUAAAUAGGUAAUUAACAAACAUUGGUCAUAUCAAUUUAAACGAAAGAACUACAGAUGUUGUAAAUCACGAAGAAAAACAGAAGUUGCUGGAAAAGCUGAGCUGGUCUGGCAGCCUCUGUGCAGAAAAAUCAGAGUUAACGUUUCUAGUCUGAUGACCCUUUCUCAGUUCUUUACUAUAUCAUUUAUAUUUUUGAAUAUUUGUAUUUGUUUAAAAUAAAUCUAACAUUUGGCCAUUUUAGCGCGUGCCUGUGAACAUGUAUAAUUAAAUCAAGUUACAAUCCUUAACUUAUAGCACUAACAAUGGUUAUCUCAAUGACGAGGUAUUGUCAAAAGUUUGAUUAAAGAAGGUCAUUACAGUAACACUGUAAGUGCCCACUGAUUAGAGUGUGA